CCCUGCCAGCAGUCCACCCCCAACCCCGUACACACACCUCUUCCCCAGGGGCUGCUGAAGGUCUACCCUGGCACCUCCGUUGCUCAGGAAGCCACCAGCUCGUUGCCCUAACUCUUGCCAGUUUGGUUGCCUCCCACCCUGACUGGGGUAUCACUUUGUGAAGGCUCUGCAGGAAGACCAUGUGUUUCUGUGGGUGGGGACUGCCCCUGAGCUCCAGAGACAUAGGCUUCUAGAGGACAGACUUUGCCCGAGGCUUUGCAGAGUGGUUCAAGGGCAGAGGUGGAGGGAGAGUCUGAGGUGAGGUGAAUGGACCGAAUCAGAACCACCCCCUGGACAUUGAUCUCAACCUUGGCUCUAGAACUGGCUUUUGAAGGUGGAGGUGGGAGUGGUGAGAACUGGAACAGACCGACGAGACAACUGGCUGCUGGAUAUGGAGCCUGAGGUCCUGAUAAGCGUGGCUGAGGGUUGUUGACUGUUUUUGUCUGGGCACUUUUUCUUUGACCCUGUCUUUUCCUCCCCCAGCCUCUGCGGAGAUGUGGUCGGCUGGUCAGGAUGGCCAUACGGUGCCAGCACAGCGAGGCAGCCCAGACCCAGACUGGAGAAGCAACCAAGGGCUGGUCAGGCCAGGAGAGUCUAUCGGACAGUGACCCUGAGAUGUGGGAGCUGCUACGGAGAGAGAAGGACAGGCAGUGUCGUGGCCUGGAGCUCAUUGCUUCAGAGGUACUAUGGAGGAGCAGAGGUAGUGGAUGAAAUCGAGCUGCUGUGUCAGCGCCGGGCCUUGGAGGCCUUUGACCUGAAUCCUGCUCAGUGGGGAGUCAAUGUCCAGCCUUACUCGGGGUCCCCAGCCAACCUGGCUGCCUACACAGCCCUUCUGCAGCCUCAUGACCGAAUCAUGGGGCUGGACCUGCCUGAUGGGGGCCAUCUCACCCAUGGCUACAUGUCUGAUGUUAAGCGGAUCUCAGCUACAUCCAUCUUCUUCGAGUCUAUGCCCUAUAAGCUGAAUCCCAAAACCGGCCUCAUUGACUAUGACCAGCUGGCACUCACUGCUCGGCUCUUCCGACCUCGACUCAUCAUAGCUGGUACCAGUGCCUAUGCUCGCCUCAUCGACUAUGCCCGCAUGCGAGAGGUGUGUGAUGAGGUCAAGGCACACCUGCUGGCGGACAUGGCCCACAUCAGUGGCCUGGUGGCUGCCAAGGUGAUCCCCUCACCUUUCGAGCACGCGGAUGUUGUCACCACCACCACUCACAAGACCCUUCGAGGGGCCAGGUCAGGACUCAUCUUCUACCGGAAGGGGGUGCGGGCUGUGGACCCCAAGACGGGCCGGGAGAUCCCUUACACGUUUGAGGACAGAAUCAACUUUGCUGUGUUCCCGUCCCUGCAGGGGGGCCCCCACAACCAUGCCAUUGCUGCGGUGGCUGUAGCCCUAAAGCAGGCCUGCACCCCCAUGUUCCGGGAGUACUCCCUGCAGGUUCUGAAGAACGCUCGGGCCAUGGCUGAUGCCCUGCUAGAGCGAGGCUACUCACUGGUGUCUGGUGGCACUGACAACCACCUAGUGCUGGUGGACCUGCGGCCCAAGGGCCUGGAUGGAGCUCGAGCUGAACGGGUGUUGGAACUCGUAUCCAUCACGGCCAACAAGAACACCUGUCCUGGAGAUCGAAGUGCCACCACACCUGGGGGCCUGCGGCUGGGGGCCCCAGCCUUGACUUCUCGACAGUUCCGUGAGGAUGACUUCCGGAAAGUUGUGGGCUUUAUAGAUGAAGGCGUCAACAUCGGCUUGGAGGUGAAGAGCAAGACCGCCAAACUCCAGGAUUUCAAAUCCUUCCUGCUCAAAGACCCAGAAACAAGUCAUCGGCUGGCUGACCUCAGGCAACGGGUGGAGCAGUUUGCCAAGGCCUUCCCCAUGCCUGGUUUUGAUGAGCACUGAAGGCACCUAAGAAAUGAAGCGCACAGACUGACGUUUAUUCCUCUUGCCCCUACCUGGACAAGUUAGGGGUGGGGGUAACUGCCUAUCUUCCAAUUUUUUGCUGGAGGAGGGGAAGGCCGCCCACUUAAGGGAAAAAGCGGGUAUAGUUCCCCUUCCCAGGAUUUGUAGCUGAGGAGGUUUCUUCUUGUAACAAGACUUAGAAGGAAGAGGCUUGGGGCUUUCUGCCCUAACCUCUCUCAUUAUCUCAGUGUUAUAGACUCCCUGCCCUCUCUUGAGGAGGGGGAGUUGCCCUUGUGAGCCAGAGGAAGGAGUGGGUAGGCACCCUUCUUUCAUUUUUAUCUAAUAAAAUGCUGACCUGC